AACUUGAUACACUUCGUCGAAAGAGAAGAGAUUACAUUAAAACAUAUGAACAAUUAUUAAAAGAAAUAAAUAAUCCCAAAGUAAAAGCUGAAGGUUUAAAACAUAAUGAAGAUAUUAUAUUAAAAAAAAUUAAUAAUUUGAAAAAUACAGAACUCGCAAAGGAUUUAUUUGAAGAAUUACAUGAAAAAUACAAUACUCAAUACAUUAAAUUAAUCGCAAACAACACAGAAGAAUUAGCUAAUGAGUUAAAAAGACAAAUCGAUGAAGAAAAAAGCUCAAAAAAUAUUGAAAACAUCAAAGGUAAAAUUGAUAAAUUAAAAGAAAUUAAUAUAGAAUUGGGAGAAAAUAUUGAAAAAUUACAAACGAUUAAAUAUGACACACUUGAAGAAAAUAUCAAUGGUUUAUAUAAACAUCUACAAAGUUUAUUGGAUGCUGUUUUAUUAGAUAAUGUCAAGAAAUUAAAUAAUGAUAAAUUAUUAAACAACAAACAAAAAGAACUCUUGGAAAGUUUAUUCAAUAAAAAACUUUCUGAAUUAAAUAAGAAGGUCAUGAAUGAAGAAAAAGAAAAAUAUACAAAGAUUGAAAAAAUGAUAAAUAAAUGUGAAGAUCCUAUUGAUAAGUAG